AUGUUAAUGUUCGAUGUUACCGAGGUGCUAGCUGAAAAGUCGGAAAAAAAAGAAUACGGAAGGACAAUUAACAAUAUACUAAAAUGUGUCGAAACAAUAGGUCAGGUAAUAUACAAUAUUAUACUGUCUAUGAGCGAGGAGCUGAGGCGAGCGCUUUACCACAACAACAGCGCGGUAUCGCUGGAUUCGGAGAUCAUAGUGCCGGAUCUGGUGGGCGCGACCGAGAUACUGAGCGACGAGCACAGGGAACAGCUCUGCCGGCACCUACCGGCGAGGGCCGAGGGUUACCUGUGGACCCUCGUCUUCAGCACCAGCCAGAACGGCUUCAGUCUCAACAGCAUGUACAGGAAAAUGAGCAAAGUCGAGAGCCCCAUUCUCCUCGUCAUCGAGGAUACAGAGGGCAACGUUUUUGGAGCCCUGACCUCGUGUUCGCUGCGCGUCAGUGACCACUUCUACGGCACGGGGGAGUCGCUACUCUUUAGGUUCACGCCGAGGUUCCAAGCCUUCAACUGGACCGGCGACAACCUCUACUUUAUCAAAGGCAACAACGAGAGCCUCGCCAUUGGAGCCGGAGAUGGCAAGUUCGGACUGUGGCUAGACGGUGACCUUUACCAGGGUAGAACCCAGUCGUGCAGUACCUACGGCAACGAGCCACUGGCGCCGCACGAGGACUUUGUGGUCAAGACGCUCGAGUGCUGGGCGUUCAUAUAGGACACGGCCCCCUUCCAGCAGGUCGUAGCUCUCGCUUCGUCCCCGCUGUCGAAAACGUCAAGUCCGACGCCGCCGUCGUCGGCAACCCUGAUGCAGACCCAGUCGAGUCUCACCUGAAUCGUUGGACCUCCAUGUUAAGCCUCGGGAGGGGACCGUUGUUGUUGUCACGCGCGCCGCGCUCGCUCUCCACCUGUUGAAUACACAUACAUGGAAUCACACAGCGCACCCUGGAUAAGGGCUUUUUGGAGCGCCUGGUGAUUUUGUCGCUGGUGCAGAGGAGAGAGCGAGACGCGUGCGAGCGAUACAAUAGGCUUCAACGAUAUGUUAUACACUGUCUGUCUCGGAGGCACGUGCCUGCAGAUGAUGAUGAUGAUGACACAACUCCCUCCCUUUCCAAAUCUACACUGUAUUGUUGUCAUGUUGCGUCAAAAACGAAAGCCAUUAUUAUUGAUUAUUUUUGUGUGUACAAACUUUUUACUCGUCUCGUUUGUAUUAUUGUUGCGCAAAGGAUGUUGUUACGAGGUCCGCGGGAUACAAUUAUUCUUGUUAUGCACACGUGAUGAUACAUCUUACACGAGGCGCACGAUUAUUUUUUAACGAUUGACGGACGAUGAAAGAGUUGAUACAAAGCGACGAUUUUAAAAGACGGACAAACAAACGAAAAGAAGGACAUAAAAUUACAACUUUACACCGAUGAUACUCUUUAAUCAAACGCCUCGACUAAUAGACUUUUUAAUUAUUUUUUUGAUUUAUAAUCAUUGUUGAUUCCUCAAUUUUUUUUUGUAAUUUAGGAUAUUUAUUAU